AUAUAUAUAUAUAUAUAUAAAAUACAUGAAAUAUAAUAAUAUUUAACUUUUCACAGUCAUAUUAUUCACUUUAUCUUUCAUUAGGCAUAUUUUGCAUUUUCAUUUAAUAUUCUUACAUACUACUAGUGAUGUUAUAAAUUAAAACAAAAAGAUUGUCUCAUUAACUACUGGCCUAAUUGUUGUUACAUAGUCAAGUAAACGUAUUUAAUUUGCAAAACAUGAUUAGAUUGUUAUUUUACUUACAUUUAAUAGUAAAUGUCUAUCCAAACCAUACUUACAUUCAUAAUAAUAGCAGCUAUGGUGUAAUCGACCAGAAUAUAAAUCACACUACUAAUGACAAUGAUAAUGAUCAUGAUGAUGAUGAUGAUUUAUUAUGGUUACAAUGGAAAAGUUUACAUCAUAAAAAUUAUUCUACUCAUAAAGAGUAUAAUGAACAUCGUGAAAAUUGGUUGUAUAAUUUACAUUCUAUGAAACAGCAUAAUCAAAUGUAUGAUAAAGGUUUAGUAUUAUAUACAAUAGGAUUAAAUCAAUUCUCUGAUUUAAAUUGGAGUCAUAUAAGUACAAUAUAUUUAACAAAUUUAAGUCAAUAUUUAAAUAAACAUAAACAAAAAAGUCAAAUGUUAUUGAAACAAUCUUUAAAUGAAACAAUAUUAAAGGAAAUACCAGAUUCAUGGGAUUGGAGAAAAGUAGGUGCUGUAAGUAAAGUUAAAAUACAGGGUAAAUGUGGUGCUUGUUGGGCGUUUUCAGCUGCUGGAGCAUUAGAGGGACAGUUAAAAAAUAGGACUGGUACUUUUGUUGAAUUAUCACCACAACAAUUGAUUGACUGUAGUCAUUCAUUUGGUAACCACGGCUGUUUAGGCGGUGAUAUGAAUAAUGCAUUUCGAUAUGUUGAAAAAGAUGGAAUACAAUCAGAAGAAAGUUAUCCUUAUUUGACAAAAGAAGGUAAAUGUCAACAUAUUAAAUCAUCAUCAUUAACCUACUCUAAAUCAAUUAUAGAGAUUAAACUCAAUGAUGAAGAACAGUUGAAGUAUGUUCUAUAUGAACAUGGACCAGUUUCAGCUGGCAUAAACGUAGAGCAACAAUUUAUGAGAUACAAGAACGGCAUAUAUCAAUCCCAGUCUUGUUCGUCUACAGAAGUUAAUCAUGCAGUUCUGAUUGUGGGAUAUGGAGAAGAAAACGGUGUACAAUACUGGAUUAUUAAAAAUAGUUGGGGGACAUCAUGGGGAGAAGAUGGUUAUGUAAGAAUACGUCGUAAUUAUAAUAACAUGUGUGGCGUAGCAACUAUGGCAAGUGUACCGAAGCUAUAGAUACACCUGUUAAAUUAUCUAAAUAAACAGUAAGGUGUUCGGUUGAUUCUUUAUAUAAUACCGGAAAAUUUGCUGCUUGUGUUUAUCCGAAUACAGUAAUCUACAAUCACAAAAACUACUAAUACUACAAGGUUCAAAAUAUUCACUAUUAUAAGAACAUUGUUUUAUGAUAAUUACGGUACAUCAUCUAAUAAUAUGCCAUAUUUGUGACAGUAACCUUGCUCCCAUUCCCAAAUUUCAAAAUAUCUUUAGAAUACCUGAAAACCAGGCUUUAUUAUUACUACUUUUACAGUUCCCGUGACUGCAUAUUUUUCAUUCAGUUCUCAUCAUUUUUGAUGAAGUUUUUAAUUUACUUGAAAGGCCUAUUAACUUCAGCGCACUGUUAUCAAAAACAGCACUCAACAUUUCAUGAAAUUCCUGAGCAUUUCUUUUCAAGUUUCACCAGAAUUUUAUUGUUGAUUGAAUAGUUAGAAAUCAUGACUUCUGGAAAAUUCCAAGUACUUUGAUCAGAAAAAAGACAUAAAUGUAUUGCUACAAAUUAGUAUUUUAAAUAAGAUAAUAGUUAUGACCGGAGUUCUCGUAUGUAUUGGGCAGAAUAGCACAUACAAUUUUUAAGAUUCUACGCAUAAGAAUAAUCAUUAAGUGUUUUCAAUUUAUCAGAUCUUAAACGAAAAACAAGUGAAUUAUUGGCGUU